CGCAAGACGUUCAUGCAGUAGCAAUCAAGAGAGCCGGUAGAAUUGUUGGACAUGUACCGUUUAACCUCGCUCCUACUGUAUCGGCUUUCUUGAGAAGAUCUAGAAACAAAUGUCUGGCGGAAGUGAGAGGUUCUAAGGUGAAUCGAGGUGGUGGCUACGGCCUAGAUAUUGUGAGUAGCUAUCACUUUUUUGGACCGAAGGACACAAGCUCGAGACAAUUUGUAAGAAUCUACAAAGUAAAGAGUUGCUCUGUUACGCAAUAAAUCAGCAAACAAGAUGGACAUUACAUCGAGAAUGCAACUCAGUUAUGAUGUUUUUUAUGAUUUUGUGAUUUGUGGGUGUGACCUUGUGGGUGCGGCUAUGUGGCCGUUAUAGCCGGGUUUUUUUCAACCGUUUGGGGAGAACGCGCAACUGGCCGUUAUACGGAGUAUCGAGGUGGCCGUUCUUCAGGGGUUUACAUACAACGGAAGUCUACAUGACCUCAUAUAGCAAGUUCAAAGUUCGUCUGUUCCUAGUUUUACUAACUUCUGGCAUAUUGUUUCUUAAAUUUUAUAAGGAUACUUGGAAAACUACUCCAUUAGAUCUUGGUGGAACUAUUGAUUUACGCGGAAGUGAUGGAUUCUCUAAGAGUCACUCUACGACUCUCAGCAAAGGAAAUGUUUCUACAACUAGUCAAAGGAAUGAUGAAACAGUAACCGCUGCUGAUCCUACUUUAAAUUACUACAGUUCUCUAUACAUUGAGACAAUCAAAACUACUCAAGAGACCUCACUAGAUGUUGUUCACAAACUUUCAAAUGUGGUGAUCAGCAGGGGUCCUGAUAGAACCACACACCACAUCUACUCUGCCUAUUACGAUUCAAGACAGUUGUCUAACAGACCGGCCAUUGUCAUGUUUGGCUAUGUUUCUAAACGAACUCACGAUAAAAUCCACUGCAAGUUCGUGUACGAAGACAACAGUACAAAGUGUGCUGGGAAUCUGGUUCAUACUCCACUCAUUGCUCCAAAUGUCUGGGCCUGAAUCCUACUUCUGUACAAUGCGUUCUGGUGAAAGGAUCCCUACACAUGUGCUUCUUAGUGGAAGUGGAGUGUGUGGAGGAGAAUGGAGUUCUCCGAUUCCAGUGUGGAACAGAGAGAUUGGGGAGAGAGACAGCAUUGGUGUGUGUGUCAUGGGAGCUCUCUUUACUGGUGCAGAGCUAACCAAUGAGAAGAUAUUUGAUUUGAUGGUUGAUUUCCUAGCCAUGGUAAAGGUCCUCGGUGCUAAGAUUGUCACAAUCUACAAUGCCAAUGUCAGGUACGAACUACUGGAGCAAAUCAUGAAGUUGUAUCCUGGAUUCAUAGACAUGAUACAGUGGGAGAAUCUUUACGGAAAGCUGCACUAUGGUGGUCAGCGUGUUCUGCUGAAUGACUGUCUGUACAGAAACAUGAGGAGGGUGAAAUAUGUCGUGUUUAGCGAUCUUGAUGAGGUCAUAUACCCAGUUUCAAGUAACAAUUGGAUAGACAUGUUAAACAUUUUGGAGAAGAAGGGGAAAUAUGCCAGUUACACGUUUUCGAAUAACUUUAUAGCAGAACUUGCUCCUAAUACUACAAUCAAUGGUAAUAACUCCUGUCCAUACAUGAAUUUGCGUAAGUAUUUUGUGAGGCUGCGACGUUUGCCCUGGCCGGACUUUAAACAGAACACGAAAAUGAAGAUGAUUGUCAAGCCAGAGGCACUGUCAGCUCUCUGCAUUCACGAUAUAUGCAAGCCAACUCUCAGAGGUUAUACCAAGACUUAUAGAGUACCUAUGAAUGUGGGACUAAUGGCUCAUUAUCGUGUUCCCGUGCCAAAAAUUGUACAUCUAUGGUGAAGGAGUCAUUGACAAUACAGCGCUGAAAUAUAGGGAUCAGUUCAUGGAGGAAAUGCUACGAGUGUGCUCUCUCAUAGAAACAUGAUAUUAUUGCUUUUUACAUCCACAUUACAUGAAUAUCAUGACUGUAUAAAUUUUCUUGCUAUUUUGCUUUUUGAUGAUCAAAAGCGAAAACCCUCGGCGAAAAUGAAACACGCGUGUGCGGAAGUAUAUAUAUAUACGAGGCCGUCU